CAGUGCCGAACAGAUGAUGCACUUUCUUCAAUUCUUACAUGCAAACAAGAGUGACGAGCUGAUUGAAGUCCCUCACGACUGAAAAACAUCAUGUCCCAGAAUGCAUUCGCACGGAGUUUUGUGUUCCAGCGUCUUCCAGACAACACUUCUUGGAAACAGGCGACCAAAACAAAACUUUUGUGAAGAAAGUUUACUACAAUAGUUAUAAUAUAAUAGUAUAUUAUUUCAAGUAUUUUCGAAGUAACAAGUGCGGCGUUUGUUUCGGAACUAUCUAUUGGAGGCUAAUCCGUUAAAUCAAUAGUACGUUAGAAAGCGUUGGAAGAAGUAGCAAAAGGGCCUAUCAAUUAUGUCCUCUCAGGGAUCUUCAAGACGGCAGUGGUGUUACCUUUGCGACUUGCCUAAGAUGCCAUGGGCUAUGAUCUGGGACUUUAGCGAGGCUGUCUGCCGAGGCUGUGUGAAUUAUGAAGGGGCAGACCGUAUUGAAUUCCUCAUAGAAACGACCAGGCAGUUGAAAAUAACUCAAGGAAUGCAGGAUGGCAGGUCCCCGGGUCCCCAACCCACUAAACACGGCACAGGUGGGAGUGAUAUAACGGUGGAGGGUGGCAGGCCACCUCCUGAACGCUUUGAAAGGGGAAGAGGGGGCUUCUGCUCCCCUGUGUGGCUCCCCAACGGUCUGCAAAGAAUUGGUGACGGGGUCCCACAACAAGACAUCAGCGGAAGACCCAUGGUAGGUAGUGUUCUGCCUAGUCUGAUGACACAUGGUCUGGUUGCAGUGCCGCACAGGUUCCUAGCAGCUGUGCCUAGUAUAAAUGUCAAAGUCGGGGGAAGCCCCCUCACCAUAUCUACCCCUAUGCUGAAUGACAUCACCAAGAGGCAGCUGAGCGUGGCCGGGGCCUCCUUCCUGAAUCCAGAUUUUGAGAGGGAGCUGAGGGAGAAGCAGAGGAACGCGGAGGCUCUCGCCGAGCUGUCGGAGAGUGUGCGAAACCGAGCAGACGACUGGGCCGGCCGUCCCAAGGCUGUGCGCGACGUCCUGCUCACACUCUCCAGCUGCACGCCCUUCAAUGUGCGAUUCAGGAAGGACCACAGCCCGGUGGGGCGAGUCGUGGCCUUCGACGCCAAGCUGACCGCCGACUUUGAGCUGAAGAUCUUUGCCGAGUACCCGUGCGGCUCAGGGAACAUCUUCUCCAAUGUGGCCACGCUGGUCACGCAGAUGUUCAGCAACAGCCAGAAAGACUGCGGGAGCAAGGCGACCAACUCGGCCCUGAGGUACGUGGAGUACGAGAGGAGGCAUGCCGAGGGGGACUGGCAGCUGCUCUCUGAGCUGCUGAGUGAUGCGGUACGGGCCUUUAAGGACAUGCCCGGCCCGGAUGUCCUCCCUCAGCCCAACCUGGACACCAGCUGCUCCAUGCUGCCCGCGUCGCUGUGCCACACGGGCCGCUCGGCACCGGGACGCGGGCGCCGGAGGAAGGCUUCCCCGGAGCACAGGGGCGGAGAGAAGGGGGAGCAGCUCCGCGACCACUGGCCCAUGGGGAUGUACCCGGGCAUGGCCAUUCACCUGGCUGCCUCGUCUCUCCCCAGCGCUGGCCAGCCCCCCCAUCACCAGGAGAGCUUGUCCUCCCACAGCGGCGACCCUUCCCCCAUCACAGCACUAAUGAGUGUGGCUGACCAUGCGGGCGCAGCCGCCGGCCGAUCCCCCAGAGAGGCCCCUAGUGGUGGGGUGGGUGGUGGGGGUUUCGGCCACUCCUACUCGGUAGGGAGACAGAGCAGUAAUAGCCCCGUGGCAGCCUCCUCCGCCGGGCAGCAGCGCCGCCUAGCCUCCAGGAACAACUCUGAGCCCCAGGGAGCCAGCACCUCGGCUGGGGUCACCACGGCAGCUCUCCCCCUGACCGGGGCCUCGGACCAGCCUGCAGCAGCCGCAGCGAACACCUCCUCUGGCUCCUCUUGCCCCCCCCUUUGCUGCACCAUCUGCCACAAGCGCUUGGAGGAUACUCACUUUGUCCAGUGCCCGUCAGUGGCAAGCCAUAAGUUCUGCUUCCCCUGCACCAGAGACUUCAUCCGGAGUCAGGGGGCCGGCAGCGAGGUGUUUUGCCCCAGCGGAGAGAAGUGUCCUCUGGUGGGCUCCAAUGUGUCUUGGGCCUUCAUGCAAGGAGAGAUCUCUACCAUCCUGGAGGUGAAGAAGGAGCGCGACCCCUAAUCACCUGGGACACCUGGUGGUUCUCACCACCAGUCGACACCAGAAUACGCCAGGUUCUACUCACACCUCACUGCCAAUAAUUAUACAUCUUCACCUCCAGGGGGUAGGACUUACACUACCACACUACUGUCUAAUUGGUCAGGAGAUGAUCAAGAACCUGAGCACCAACUCUGCAUGUCUACAUCUAGUUCAGCCCUUUGGCUAUUUAACAAAAGGUUAUCUGCGUUAGUAUUGGAAUUGGUCAAAACUGUUUAAACCAGUUUACCAGGCUUGGGAAUUACAGUUAAGACUUAAAUCUAGUCCCUGAGGUGAUUUCAGGUGUGUUUACUUUCAGAUUAAAAUCUAAAAUGUGUGACAUAGUGAGAGACUAUGAUGCGACUGAAUGUCACAGCAGCGUACAUUUGAGGACUGUACCACUGGGGCUUUAGUUUGCCUCACUUUUACACUUUACAUAUAACUGACUAAUGGACCAAAUGGUUUGCUCUAUGCUGAGCCCUGAAAGCAGUAAUCUAUGUUGCCAUCGAUCUGCAAGACUGAAAGGAGGGCUUUUACAGUGCCCAAGACACUUUAUAGAGCAUCAAUGGGAUGGACGACUACAUUUUACACAAAAUGUAGAAUGGAAGACAGUCUCUCUCAGUGGUAACAUACAGCUCUGGAAAAAAUUAAGAGACCACUGCACCUUUUUCUUUCCUUUCCAA